AGCUGAAAAAGACCUUUUAGAAGUAUUUUUUAAAGAAAAAUUAGAAAAAAUUAUAAAAAAAUUAAAAAUGGGAAAAUUUUUACUGAUACAAUUGUGCUUAAUGCUCAUUUAUAUUUCCUAUAAAAGCAUUAUUUGUGCUGAAAGUCCCAUUGGUUAUCAACAAGAAGGAUCUUCGAAUCCAUCUGGAUUUGCAAAAUUUAACCUGAAAGAUAUGAUGAAUUUGAUUGAAGAUGAUCGGAAAGACGAUUUUCGUUUUUCAAAGAGGAGUAAAUCCAACAGCAUGGAAGAUCCUUUAAUAGUAGACCAAAUUGUUGAUCCCGCGAUGUACGACACCGAAGCCUCCGUUGAUGAAAUUCUCCGAACAAAUCCAUUAUUGCUCCAAAUGCUUGCCGACAAAUUAAAAAAUCAACAAAAUCGCUUUUUGAGUCCUCGAUUGGGAAGAACUACCGAACAACGUCAUAUGCCGUCUUUACCUCCACGAUUCGGCAAACGAACGGGAUCUCAUACCAUUUUUACUCCUCGAAUGGGUUAAAAAUUUUCAUUUACUUUGACGACUGAUGAUGAUGAAGGAAAAAAAAUGGAAUGUUGAACAUUAUUUGACUCUUAGUAGGCUGGACUAAAAGUCAAAAAUUGUUAUUUAUGAGGAAAUUUUAAUAAAUAAAUGUUUUAUU